UCGAGCAGAAAUGGCACUUUUUUUUUCUUCAUAUGCAUACGUUGAUUGUGACAUUUGAUAUUUUGUGAGAGAGAAGAUUUGCCGAGCCUCCGCCGGCCGUUUCGGUUUAAUAGUGAACAGACUCUCGCCGAAAGCCACGCGAGAGUGGAGGGGCGCUUCUUCUCACACACGCGGUCACCUGGAAACCACGGGAGCCCACGAGAACCCUGCGCACAGGUGUGAAUCCCGGACACGCGCCAUGGAUGAUUCAGGGAUCAUCCGGAGACGGAGGCUGCAGAAGGAUUUGCCUCUGCCGCGAAAAAGCAGCAGUUGCAGAACCAGUAACAGGAAAAGCCUCAUCCUGACCAGCACGUCGCCCACCUUGCCUCGGCCGCACUCUCCACUGCCUGGACACAUAGGAAGCAGUCCGUUGGACAGCCCGCGCAACUUCUCACCAAGCGGACCCGCCCACUUUUCCUUCGCCUCCUCUCGCAGGGCUGAUGGUCGUAGAUGGUCCUUGGCUUCUCUGCCUUCCUCAGGAUAUGGCACCAAUACACCCAGUUCAACGUCAUCCAGCUCAUCCCAGGAGCGUCUCCACCAGCUGCCCUUCCAGCCGACCAUGGACGAGCUGCACUUCCUGUCCAAGCACUUUGGCAGCACCGAGAGCAUCACGGACGACGACGGGGGCCGACGCUCACCGCACGUCCGCCCUCGCUCUCGAAGCCUCAGUCCGGGGCGCUCUCCAUCCUGCUAUGACAAUGAAAUAAUGAUGAUGAACCAUGUCUACAAGGAGCGCUUCCCCAAGGCCACGGCUCAGAUGGAGGAGAGGCUAGCAGAGUUCAUCCACAACUACUGCCCGGAGAGUGUGCUGCCACUGGCCGACGGCGUCCUCAGCUUCAUCCACCACCAGGUAGCCGAGCUGUCCAGGGACUGCCUGACGAAGUCGCGCGAGGGUCUCAUCACCAGUGUCUACUUCUGUGAGCUGCAGGAGAACCUGGAGAAGCUGCUGGAUGACGCAUACGAGCGCUCCGAGAGUUCGGAGCUCACCUUCGUCACCGAGCUGGUCAAAAAGCUCUUCAUCAUCAUAUCUCGUCCAGCCAGGCUCCUCGAGUGUUUGGAGUUCAACCCUGAAGAGUUUUACCAUCUGCUGGAGGCCGCGGAGGACCACGCCAAGGAGGGGCAACUGAUGAAGGCAGACAUCCCUCGAUACAUCAUCAGCCAGUUGGGGCUGACCAGAGACCCGCUGGAGGAGAUCAGUGGCUACGACAGUGAGGGUCCACACACUCCAGAGGCCGAUGACUCGGCAGAGGGAAAAGGGAGAACCAUCAAGCCGCCGAGUGAAGAAGAUUUUCAGAGCAUCAAGCUGAUCAGCAAUGGGGCUUAUGGUGCCGUCUACCUGGUGCGACACAGGGAGACGCGUCAGCGCUUUGCCAUGAAAAAGAUCAACAAGCAGAAUCUGAUCCUGAGGAACCAGAUCCAGCAGGCGUUCGUGGAGAGGGACAUCCUCACCUUCGCGGAGAACCCGUUCGUCGUGUCCAUGUUCUGCUCCUUUGAGACGCGGAGACAUCUAUGCAUGGUCAUGGAAUAUGUUGAGGGUGGUGACUGUGCCACUUUGCUGAAGAACAUCGGGGCUCUGCCUGUGGAGCUGGCGAGGAUGUACUUCGCUGAGACCGUUUUAGCCCUGGAAUACCUGCACAACUAUGGCAUCGUCCAUAGAGACCUCAAACCUGACAAUCUACUGAUCACCUCCAUGGGGCACAUCAAGCUUACAGACUUUGGCCUGUCGAAGAUGGGUCUAAUGAGCCUCACCACCAACCUGUACGAGGGACACAUUGAAAAAGAUGCCAGAGAGUUCCUGGACAAGCAGGUGUGUGGUACUCCGGAGUACAUCGCUCCUGAGGUGAUUCUCCGUCAGGGCUAUGGAAAGCCGGUGGACUGGUGGGCCAUGGGCAUCAUCCUCUAUGAGUUCCUGGUGGGCUGCGUGCCGUUCUUUGGAGACACUCCGGAGGAGCUGUUUGGGCAGGUCAUCACAGACAACAUAGUUUGGCCAGAUGGUGAUGACGCCUUACCUGCGGAUGCCCAGGACCUCAUCUCUGCCCUGCUGCAGACCAACCCUCUUAUGAGGUUGGGUUCAGGCGGAGCGUUUGAGGUGAAGCAGCACCCGUUCUUCACAGAGCUGGACUGGAACAGUUUGCUGAGACAGAAGGCCGAGUUCAUCCCUCACCUGGAGUCGGAGGAGGACACCAGCUACUUUGACACCCGCUCGGAUCGGUAUCACCACAUCAAUACGUACGACGAGGAUGACACCAAUGACGACGAGCCGGUGGAGAUCAGACAGUUCUCCUCCUGCUCUCCUCGCUUCAGCAAGGUGUACAGCAGCAUGGAGCAUCUGUCUCAGCUGGAGCAGAAAGCUUCGAACUGCGUGUCCCGUCGGGAGCACAAGGGCCCGCGGGAGGACAAGGUGACCAAGAGAGAGAGCCUGGGCAGCUUCAGCAUGAGAGACAAGAGCUGGAGGACCGGAUCCCCCGAGAUGAAGCGUCUGUCUUGUUCAGAGUCCCUCUACUCGGAGGGGGAUGCGAGCCCUCCCCUCGGCGCUCGCCGGCGCUUCUCGGCACUGAUGGACACGCACCGCUACGCCUCACCGCUAGACGGUGAGCCUGACUUCCUGUCCCGCCAGGCACCCUUGAAGGUCCGUGGAACCUCACUGGACGGGACCAGCGUCCCCUCGCCGAUCCUCCUGGAGCAGAGGAGCGGUCUGAAGGAGCUUAACGGAGCAGACAAGUCACCGAGACAUGGAGAGACACCGGGAGUCACCGCGGCGAUUGCCGCGCUAACCCCAGGUCCUGCAGUACCCGGUAGGGAUGUGAUGACCCCUCUGUACGACCCUCUGGGGGCCCGGGCAACCAAUGACCUGGUCCUCCGCAGGGCGCGCCACCAGCAGUUGUCCGGCGACAGCGAGAAACGCACCUCCAGAGCUGGAAACAAGGUCAUCAAGUCGGCCUCUGCCACGGCCCUGUCUGUCAUCAUACCGUCAGUGGAGCAGCACGGCGGUUUCUCUCCGCUGGCCAGCCCCAUGUCCCCCCACUCAUUCUCCUCCAACCCCUCGUCCCGGGACUCUUCGCCCAGCAGAGACUUUUGCCCGGCAGUCAGCGCACUGCGCUCUCCCAUCACCAUCCAUCGCUCUGGAAAGAAGUACGGCUUCACUCUCAGGGCCAUCAGGGUCUACAUCGGAGACAGUGACAUCUACAGCGUGCACCACAUUGUUUGGCAUGUGGAGGACGGCGGCCCCGCCCAGGAAGCUGCCCUGUGUGCCGGUGACCUCAUCACCCACGUCAACGGGGAGUCUGUCCACGGUCUGGUCCACACUGAAGUGGUCGAGCUCAUCCUCAAGAGUGGAAACAAGGUGACGGUGACCACCACGCCUUUUGAGAACACCUCUAUUAAAGUGGGUCCUGCCCGCAAGGCCAGCUACAAGUGUAAGAUGGCCCGACGCAACAGGAGGACCAUGGGAAAGGACGGCCAGGAAAGCAAGAAGCGGAGCUCCUUGUUCCGUAAGAUCACAAAGCAGUCCAAUCUGCUGCACACCAGCCGCAGCCUGUCCUCGUUGAAUCGCUCCCUGUCCUCCAGCGAGAGUCUCCCCGGCUCCCCGACUCACAGCUUGUCUGCCCGGUCCCCGACUCAGGGCUACCGCUCCACCCCCGAGCCCUCGUACCUGGGUGCCUCCUCCCAGAGCAGCUCUCCGGCCUCCAGCACUCCCAACUCCCCCGUUCCUUCUCAGCACAUGAGGCCCAGCUCCCUGCACGGCCUCUCCCCGAAGCUCCACCGCCAGUAUCGCUCUGCCCGAUGCAAGUCUGCGGGCAACAUACCCCUGUCCCCGCUCGCACACACGCCCUCCCCCACCCAGUCCUCGCCCCCGCCGCUGCCUGGCCACACCGUGGGGAGCUCCAACACCACCCAGUCCUUUCCCGUCAAGCUCCACUCCUCGCCGCCGGUGGUCCGCCCCAGGCCCAAGAGCGCUGAACCCCCUCGAUCGCCUCUUCUCAAGCGGGUGCAGUCGGCGGAGAAGCUGGGCUCGCCUCUGACCCAGUCCAGCUCCACGGGAGGGCUGGGCGGUCCGCUAAGGAAGCACAGCCUGGAGUUGCAGCACUCCGAGUAUCGCAAGGAUGCCUUCCUCUGUGAGCUCGGGCUCCAGAGCCUGCUGGAGACGGACGGGGAGAACCUGCCCCCUAAUCCUCCACCCCUGCCCUCAUCCUCUACAAACCCAGAGACUGGUGUCCUGAAGCCUGUGAGGAGACUCGGGAGACAGGAGUCCCCGCUCAGCAGGGAAACACUGCUGGCUGGAAGGGAGAGGGAGGAGAGGGAGAGGGGACGGGAGAGGGAGAAAGAGAGGGAGAGGGAGAGGGAGACUGAUACCGGGACAGUCCUGGAGAGAUUGAGUCGUGUUGGCGCAACAGGAUCCCAGUCGUCAUUAACAAGAAAGUCUUAUAGUGAGCUGCCCUUUAGCUCGCAGGCUGGCCAGAGCUCCAGACUUUGUGCAGAAACCACUAAAGCUACAAGUUCCGGCACCCCGAGCAAAACAACAGGAAGUCUAGGCGGUCAGAAGGGACCUGAAAAGAUCCCUCAGAGUCCAGCGGACUUCACGUCAAAACAGCAAGACCCCAUGGGAGCCAAAAGUGUGUUUUCUAAUAUCAAAGAUGUCAAGGAGCAGCUGUGGGGCAGAACUGAACCGAAGCAGGAAGGAGACAACAGGGGUAGGCCUGGUGCACCGGGUGCUGCCUUCAACAGGAGCUCUGCUUCUAGUCCGGAUAAAUCCAUUGGCGUGAACGCGUCCGCUAAAGCCGGUUCUCUGAGCAUGAGCAAACCAUUCAAACCAUCAGGUAUGGGUGACGGCUUGAGAAAGGCUGGAGCGGAGAGCGGCGACUCGAGGACUCCAGACUUUGGCUCCAAAAGCCCAAAGCUCUUAGCGCGCGUUCUCGCCCCCAUCGUCCCCCAACAUGGGCAGCAGCUCCUGCUCGGCAAGGUGAGGCAAGGACUCGGGCCCGUCAACUGCUACCGGGGGACCCUUGACUGGGAGGACAAAUGUCGCCUGGAAGUGGUGGAGGAGCAUUCGCCCUCCCCUUCUCCCUCCCCGACAUCCGUCGCCCCCUCCCUCUGCGGGCCGUCGCUCUGCAAGUCACGGCCCGUCUCCCCCGGCGACAAGACGAGCUUCGUCAGCCAGCUGACCACCGUGGCUAAAAACGUCCUCGGGCCGAUCAAGCUCGGCUCCCAGGAGGGGUCCAAGAGCAAAGAUCAGCAGACGAAGGCGGCGGAGGAGAGGCAGGGAGGCGCAGCGGGAAAGUCUGACACUCCCGCGGGAGGUCGAGUGGUUGUUGGGGCUGCGACCCAAAGUCCUGCUGCUUCACCACUAGAGAGGGCUGCGACAGGGAGCAGCCAGUCAAAGAUGUGAACCCAUGGAGUCCCUAAAUGGGACUUUCAUUAAAAAAAAUGAAAAAAAUGCCUUUUUUGGAAGAACAAUGCAACAGAAGUCAAGCACUUAAAAACAAUGUACAUUCCAGUUUCAGAGUAUAUCAAAUGUUAUUUAUUGAUUCCAACGAUUGACUGAUUCUAACUCAAAACCAGGAGUAAAACGAUCUCAUGUAAAGGUGCAUUAUCUGUUGGUUUUCUAUUAUAAACUAUUUAAUAAGAGGACUCUUUAAUGUAACGUGGUACACUUUACCAGAUGUAUAUGUGUGUGGGUCUCUGUGAACGCAUGUCAUAUAUGGUUAUGUACUGUACAUGUAUAAUAGGUACAAGAAGGUCAAAAAGUGCUUUACUGAUCAAAACAUGCUGAAAACUGUGAAUACCAAAAUCCAGUCACUCUAUUUUGUCUUUUUCCAAAAGCCAGCGCUUCGUUCUCUCGCUGCUUCAUCAUCACAAGCAAGACAUCGUCCCGCGGUCACGUUGUGACAUUUGCAUCAGCGGUUUGGGCCUCAGCGAGCGAGCGACGUGAUCGAGCUCCUUCCUUCUUCAUCCGCCGGUUGACGGAGUCGCUGUGCACGUGGACAGAAAGGCCCGGAGCGGGCACUCUGUCAGCAGGUGUCCAGCUCUGUCUGUUGCAGUGUGUGUGUGUGUGUGUGUGGGUGGGUGUGUGCGUGCAUGCGUGUGAGCACGUGAAGCCACCGUGGGUCUAAUUCUGCUGCUUCUUGGAGGCUGUCGUCCUGCAGAGGAAAGCUCGUUUGACAGAGCUCAGGCUCAGCGCUUAUCUCACCCUCGCAGGAGGGCUGCCACAGCACCCUUUUUUUUCUGACUACAGCCUACACACACACACACACACACACAUACACACACACUCACAUUGCCACAGGAGGCAGCACUGUUUUUUUUAUGCAUUUAAACCCGUGGUCCUACGAAUUGGGAUGCGAGUGAGUUAUGGAGUGUGUGAGAACACGUGUGUGUGUCUCUCUUCGUGGGGUAAUCACUCACCACAGGGCUCAUGACGGGGAACCAAACUGGAAAUAAACACAUCAUGUGUGUGGACAUAGUGUAUAUGAAUAUAUACAGGGGUAGGCAGGCCGUUAUGGAUGUAGCAUACAGUUAUGUGUUUGAUAAAGGGCUCCAUAGAUAAGGUAGGGUUCGUGGAUUAUGGACAAGGGCACAGUAUAUCAAAAUGGACCUGUUGCUGUAAAAAAAAAAGAGUUAUUUGCAGUAUAAUAAGAAUGAUGCAUUAGGCUGUUAGGAACCACAAGUGAAGCUCACGUACUGAUUCAAUAAUGAGAGGGACGAUAUGCUCACAGGAAGAAACAACGUGCGCGCCUCUCCUCGAAACCGAUGAAAUCGACAGGAAACGACUGCACACAGAUAUGCAUUUCCUUGUCUUUUUUUUGCAUUAGGUAGGCUACUUCCUGUACAGUUGUGCUGGUUGCGGUUGCACGUUGUUUUGCAUCAACUGGAAACAUUGUUUUGGUUUUGAUAUGUCUAAAAACAAACAACAAAAACAACGAGCUGUAAUUUGGUUAACAGCUAUGCAGAGCUACAAAGUGGGAAGUGGGUUUUUGUGGUCUUGGCAGAUCAUUUUACAUAACCAG